AUGUUGCUACACUCGCCUGUUGAGACCCAUGCAUUGUUGUCUGUCAAUCCCGAUAGCACAACUACUACCACUGCUACUACUGCUGGUGUCCCACAACCACCACCAUCUCCUUCCACUACCACUUCUUCCACGUCUACAAGAUCAUCCGUCAAGCGGAGACGUCGUCAAUCGCCUGCCACUACCACUGUUGCUGCUGCAGUGGUGGAUGCUACUCGUACUAAUGAUGAUGCCAUUCAAGUCAAGCUGAGCACACUACGUCUUCCAUCACCCACACCUACACCUCCUCCAGCAACAUUAUCCACCACCACCUACUCUGAUAAUGAUGAGCCUCGAACAACGUUAUCAUCACAUUAUAAAUACAAAGCUGGUGAUGCAGUAGAAGCCAUCAAGCGGAGCACACAAGAAGAUGAUAGUGAUGAAAUAUGGUACUGCGCUCGUGUGGUGGAUUUCCACACUGAGCGAAAUCUUGUCUUUGUCCAUUAUGAAGGAUGGCCAGCUGAUCAUGCUGAUUGGGUUCAACAUGUAAAUAUCCGCCCUUUCAGUAGUGCUAAGCGACAUUAUGGGCCACGGGGCAAGGAGGAUGAUGCAUCUUGGAAAGAAUAUGGUUUAUUUUACGAUCAACAUCACCAACGCAACAGCGCCACCACCACCACUACUACUACCACGGGCUUGGUUCAUGACCGACGAAUGGCAUUACAUACUUGCCCUUGCCACAACAAGAUCACACAUCCAGAACGUCCCGAUCGCAUUACUUGCAUUUUUGAUACCCUACAUCAACAUCGGCUUUUGCGUUAUGUACGACCAGUACCUGCAAGGGAGGCCACAACAGACGAAUUACUAAAAGCACACACCCCUGCCCACGUUCACCAAUACAGCCCAUAUCGCCAUUCAUCUUCAUCCUCUUCCUCCUCCAACAAAGCUACUACCACCUCUGAAGAAUAUGAUGACGAUGAAGAUGAUCCCAAUCCACGUGCUCGUAAAAUGAUUUCAAUCGCUGCUUUAUUAAAUCCUGAGCCGCCAAGAAGGGAAAAAGCACAACCUCAGCAUGACAACGCCACUAUCACCAAAAAGCCAAGCACUAUUGCAACCGCAGCAGGAGCCGUUGUUGCACCACCUACACCAUCUACCAGUAAAAGCAAAAUGAUUUGUGGCCAACCUGGUAUUGCCGGUGAUACCACUUUCCAUCCACGAUUCACCAACGUAUCAGCUCGUGUUGCUGCAGGUGCUUUACUCAACAUGACGGAUGCUAUUGUUCAAGGUCGGGUACGUAACGGCUUUGCAGUCAUUCGUCCACCGGGUCACCAUGCACAGGAUGACAUUGCCAUGGGAUAUUGCUUCUUUAACAACGUUGCUGUGGCAGCUGCAAGUGCCCUUGUCAAAUAUCCGAGUCUUAUUAAACGAGUACUCAUUCUCGACUGCCACGGCAAUGGAACACAGCAGAUCUUUUAUGACAAUCCCAACGUGUUGUAUAUAUCCAUUCAUCGAUGGGAUGAUGGCCAAUUCUAUCCAUUCACUGGAGCGCCUGAUGAAUGUGGUCAAGAUCAAGGUAUCGGCCGUAAUGUGAAUAUUUCAUUAAGUGAAACAAAGGAUAAGCCCAAGCCGAUGGGUGACACCGAGUUUAUUGCCGCCAUGCAUCACAUUGUCACCCCCAUUGCCCGACAAUUUGCGCCAGACAUGAUUUUUGUAUCUGCUGGUUUUGAUGCUGCUGAAGGACAUCCUGCUAACUUGGGAGGAUACAAUGUGACGCCACGAGGAUACGCCAUGAUGACCAAAAUGAUCAAACAACUUGCCGACGAAUUGUGCCAUGGUCGACUUGCACUCAGCCUUGAAGGUGGUUAUGAGCUCGAGCCACUCGCUAAUUCUGCAACAGCCAGCAUUGUGCAGCUACUUGAUACAGCACCUGCAUCCUUUUCAGCAUCCUCUUAUGGUUUGGAAUACAAGCUAGAGUCCUUCGACGACACACUCCACUCCAUUCGACCUAAUCGUGGUGCCGUGGCAUCGUUAAAAAAAGUGAUCAAAUGUCAACAAGCACACUGGCAGUUUGCUUCUGAAUUGACAAAUGAUCCAGAUUUUCGGUUCGAACUUCCAGAAGAGUGGCGAGCUACACAUAGCAUUUCAACACGCACACGUCGCACGUCUGGAAAAUCAGUUGUUGUCAAAGGCUAUUGA